GCCCAGAAAUGGCUGUGCCUUUUGAUUCAUUUCCAGGUGCUGCAGAAACUGUAUGUUUAGACAACUAGUUCAUGUAAUGCUAGCAUAAGUCAUGACCUUUUGAGCAAAGGCCUCAAGGUUCAGCAGUAGAAGCUGUCAAGAAUGCAGGACCAUGUCCUCUGAAUUUAAUUCUCUUCAUUGGUUCUACAGAGCCUGAGGUGGUUGAACUUCAAUUCAUACUUCUAGGAGCCCAUUGUCAUUAUAGUUUGUGAAAUACUGCAAUUUCGAAGUGAUGAUCUGUUACAGAAAAGCAUAUAAAUAAACACUUGUUCUCAGAUAUGUCAUCCAGUUGAGUGGAAAUGGGCAAGAAAGUUUCUGUAUGGAAGGAGGGAGGGAGGGGUAUUUUGUUGUCUGUGUUUAUAACUUUAUAUAGGUAACAGUGAUGAUGUCCCUAGAACAAGGAUUCUCAACCUGUGAGUAGCUCCCUCCCCCACCAAAGCCCAUACCUGCAGCCCUAAAGGGCAUUAAUAAUUGUUCUCUUGUGAAAUCGGUACACACAUUCAGUUCUUUUAAAGGGGAUACAGUCUUGAUUGAGAAGAGUCAUAGCCUAAAAUAACAUUUCUCAGAUCUGAGAGAAAAGUUGAGCUUUGUUGCAAGUCACAGGACAAAGAUAAUCUCAGAUGGCAAAGAUGUGUAACAGGCCCAACAGAGAGACUCUUGAGUUUGGGGUAAAGUAUCGGGAGUAAACAUGGGGAUCAGCUAGUGUUAGUGUUUCAUAGGUGCGUACUAUGGUAUGAUUUAAAGUGUCUUUAAAGACUCUGAGCAGCUUCUUGGAGGGGUUCCACAUCAGGGCAGGACUGAUGAGCAGGAAAAGAAGAUACGGAAAUGCAGUCAGAGAUCGGGUAUUUUGAUGGUAAUGUUACAAAGUGCAGCGUUGGGAAAUAGUUGGGUAUCUUCUAGGCCUUGUCUCCUGAAAGCAGGCAGGAACAAGACACCUAGCUUACUUCACUCUUGAGGCACAAAAAAAAACCCCAAAACCCACGUGAACUUUGUCCCCAUGUCAGAGAACCUGAGGUGCUUUCCACAGAUAUCCUACCAUCAGCCUUAUAUGAUAUAGUUUGGAUAGAGGGGAAGAGAAAAGAAGCUGGCAAGGCAUUUGGAGAGCCACAAAUGGACAAUCCCCCCCGCACUGGUAAACAGGUUGAGAAUCCCUGUUUUGGAGUAUAUUAAGAUACACCUAUGCUGAGCCCACAUGGAGCUCUUUGCUGGCCACAAUGGGACUUGUUUGGCAGCUCACAUUGUAGUAACACAGGCAUCCCCACAGCAUAGUCCAGUCUGCAGUAUAGGCAGAAUCGUAAUGCAGAGUAGUCACAAAAUAAGCGUUGUAUUUUCCAACACAAGUUGGGAAAAAAAUGCCAGUGUCCACUUGAGAGAGUCCUAAAGUGUUAAAACAGUAGUGCGUGUGACUUCACGCGCUCAUGGUUACAGUUUGUGCAGGUCUUGGUUAAACGACUGAGUUUACACCCUUGUAGAAAAGGUAAUUUAAUGUUUUCUUUUUCAGGCUCCUCCAUUGCCAUCCUCCUCAUCUUGACAUUUUUUCAUGGACAUUAAAUGAAAACUUUUCUGAUAUUCAGGAAGUGACCCAGUUCUGCACCACUGAUUUUUGUAGCUAUCCCGUAAGGCUGCUGGCUGAAAGCUGUGUCUAUGCAACCUUCCAAGUGCGGAGUGUCAACCAACUGGACAGGAGAGAGCACUGCCUCCUACUCCAGAACUCAAAACAAAUAAAGCUCAUCCAGCUGUACUUCAAAAAAAUAAUUCCAUGUUUUGUAUAUAUCUGACAAAACUGGCAACAUUAUACAGACUACUGACUUGAAGACCACCUCUUUUGUAUUUCUCUGUUUCUGGGCUGAUGAGUUGGUUUCAUCCAUUUUUCCCCCUCAGAAUUUCCCUUGGAAAAAGAACUAGCUUAGCUGGUCAUUUCUUUGUAAGGUAGUUAGAAAUUUUAAGUCUUUCUUUGGGCAACUUUUUUUUUUUAAUGUGAAGAGUUAGGUGAUAUAAAUUUUUUUACUGCUUUUACGUUUUUCUGUCUUGUUUUGAAACCAUGACGGUUACACUUUUGGUUCCUAAAUAAAAUUUAAAACAAUUAACAGCCAAGUCACAAAGAUAAAUGGGUUGCACAUAGACUAAGGAAUAAACUUCAGAUUUGUGAUUUUUGUUUCUAAUCUUGAUGUAAAUUUACACUAUUUAUAAAUACAUAUUUAUUGCUUGAAAAUAUUUGUGAAUGGAAUGCUGUUAUUUUUUCCAGAUUACCUGCCAUUGAAAUUUUAAGGAGUUCUGUAAUUUCAAACACUACUCCUAUUACAUUUUCUAUAUGUAAAUAAAACUGCUUAGCAUUGUACAGAAACUUUUAUUAAAAUUGUUUAAUGUUUAAA